AUGUCUGACGGCGAGGUCGAAGUCGAGCAGCCCCAAGGCUACCCGGUCUUGCCAAAGGACGUCGUGCAGGAAAUCGGUAGCACCAAGCUCUUCAACAAGUGGAGCUACGAAGAUGUCGAGAUUAGGGAUAUCUCUUUGACCGACUACAUCCAAAUCCGCCAACCGGUUUACAUGCCACACUCCGCCGGCCGGUAUGCCGUCAAGCGAUUCCGCAAGGCACAGUGUCCCAUUAUUGAGCGCCUCACGAACUCUCUUAUGAUGAACGGCCGCAACAACGGCAAGAAGCUCAUGGCUGUGCGGAUUGUUGCACACUCCUUCGAGAUCGUCCACAUCAUGACCGACCAGAACCCUAUACAAGUCGCCGUCGACGCCAUCGUCAACUGCGGUCCCCGCGAAGAUUCCACCCGUAUCGGCAGUGCAGGUACUGUGCGUCGGCAAGCCGUCGACGUCUCACCGCUGCGCCGGGUAAACCAAGCCAUUGCGCUGCUCACCAUCGGCGCAAGAGAAGCGGCGUUCAGAAACAUUAAGAGCGUGGCGGAGUGCUUGGCUGAAGAGCUAAUCAACGCUGCGAAGGGUAGCAGCAACAGUUACGCCAUCAAGAAGAAGGACGAGCUGGAGCGUGUGGCCAAGUCCAACAGAUAA